AGAAAGAGAAGGUGAAGAAGAAAGAAAGAAAGAGAUAGAAAAUCAGUGGGUACCGUCUGAAACCUUGAGCCGGAAGAGAGAGAAAGCUUCUUCUUUUCUUCUUCUUCAGCAGCCAGCCAUUGUAAUUUCCAUUCUCUUGAGUGUAUGUAUCGAUCUGAUCUCUUUUUAUGCUCAAUACUUUGAUGAACUCAUUCUAUCGUUAUAUAGUCAACUCUUCCUCACGCUACUAACCCUAAUAAUCGCUUUUAGUAGACCUCUUCUCUCUUACGGAAUUCGUCGAUAUACUAUUUUCACUAGUUGUUCUAAGAUUUUGAAACCCUUUCUGUCAAAACCCUUGAUUUUGAUGGCUGCAUCAUCUGCUAACUCUCUCUUGAGGAACCAUGGACCCGAUGGUGUUGCUCUUAAUAAUAAUAUUCCACAUGCCAAGCAGUCUCCAUGGAUGCAUGUUGUUAUAGGAUCCGAAUCGGAAACUCUCAUACAUUCGGGUCCAUCUCCUCCUGUAUCACCUGCCAAGGCAUCUGAUGAUUCUGCAACGGAUCCUCAAAUGGAGAACGCGGACAAUGGUUCUGGCAUUAACAAUGCAGGUGUGAAGCUGGUCUGGAACAAACCCUCUAAUGAUACCGUUGAUGCAGGGACUGUCAUGGGGGGUGUUUCUUGGCCUGCUUUGUCAGAGUCUGCUCGGGCUUCUCCGAAAUCAUCACCCUCUCAUUCUUUGAGAGUAGUGACUGAUGGAUUGAUCUCUCUACCACAGGCAACUGGAGUUGAAAGGUCACCUAAAUCAGCUUUUGUUAAGCGUUCUCAUUCAAAAGAAUCUCCACACAAGGAGAGUGGGCAAAAAGGAGGAGGAGGAGGGUUAAUAGCACAGUCUCCUGGUCACAAUGAGCAUUCAUCACAUCGCAAUUCAUUUAGGAGGGGUUCUCAUCCUCGUGGCGAUAGCUCUCACCAUCAUCAUCAUCAUAAUAAUAAUCAUGGGGGAAGGCGAGAUCACAAUGGUAAUCAUGACUGGAAUCGUCAACGAAGUUUCAACAACAAUAGGGACAUGCAAAUGCAGUCUCCAAGAGGCAUUCCUAGAGGAUUUAUGCGAAAUCCACCACCUAAUAACUCUGCAUUUGUUCCUCCUCCACCACCUCCAUUACAUGUUCCACCAUUUGGAGGCCCUCUGGUUUAUCCUGAAUUUGCAUCUCAAGUGUUUUAUGUUCCAGCCCCAUCUCCAGAGUCCCUCAGAGGUGUCCAUAUUGUUCCACCUAUAUCACCCCAUGCGAUGUUUUUCAUCCCGGAUCCACAAUUGCACUCUAAGAUAGUGAACCAGAUAGAUUACUAUUUUAGUAAUGAAAAUUUAGUCAAAGAUACAUUCCUGCGACUAAACAUGGACGAUCAAGGUUGGGUUCCAAUUAAAUUAAUAGCAGGCUUUAAAAAGGUUCUGAUGUUGACGGACAAUAUCCAGCUUAUAUUAGACUCCUUGCUAUCUUCAGCUAAAGUGGAAAUCCAGGGCGAGAAAGUAAGAAGGCGAAAUGAUUGGUCGAAAUGGAUCAUGCGACCUUCUUCCGUAAGUCCUCAAUAUGGCCGGAGGCUGGCUGGUGAUGAUAUGACUGAAAGUAUGCAUAAUCUUGUUCUUGAUGAAAAUAGCUAGUUAGCUAGGCUCAAACAGUUCAAGCCCUAGUGGCUCAAGGCACAAUACUCUCUGCCUGUCUGCCUGCAUUUGUAGGCCAUUCAGCCAGAAGUAACUGAAAGAUAGAGGGCCCGAUCUGAAUGAAGUGACCCAAACAAUGCUGAGGAGGAGGAGGAAGGACAAAUAGAAGUUGCCGAACUUGACGAUGGUAAAUGUGUUGAUUCGUUUUGAGGUUGUUUUUUUUUUGACAUGGCAUGGCAUGGCGAAUAUGAAGUCUUAUGGGUACUAGAACAAAGAAAAACAUAAGAAUAAAUUAUCUUUGAAUGCUCUAUAUUAUUACUUAUCUUACUA